AUGUCUUCCGAACUCACAGUCGAGGAGUUGCGGGCUCAGCGCCUGACAGCCAUAGAGGCUAGAAUGAGUCAUCUACGGACUAUCAUUCAAAGUCAAAGACGUGCCGUUAAAACGACCAAUCUACAAGUUAACGAUGACGUUGAGAUGACUGACAUCUCCAAAAUCGAUCAGGGUCCUGGCAAUAUCGAUCAAGAUCAGAUCUCAGACAUCCCCGAUGUUGACAUGGCUGACGUUUUCAGUUUGGAUCAGAUCAAUGGUCUUCUCGACAUUGAGAUGACUGAUGCACCCGUCAGCGACGAAAGUCACAUAUCCCCACUCGGAUCGACAACCUCAGAAUCGACAACCUCAGAAACGGCAACCUCAGAAACGACGACCUUUGAUGACAUCAAAGACUUGUUGCCAACUUCGUUUCCGAUGGCCUAG